UCUCAGACUACAGUCUGACCAUGCAGAACCAGCCAGCGGUGCGGGAACUUCCGGGAUCUUGGCCACCAGAACGUACAACAUGGUUGAAUACUGGAGCACCCAUGCCACUUCUGGGGCUGGGCACUUUCCGUCUGCAAGACAGGGAGGCGGUGCGCCUGAGCCUAAAGGCCGCUUUGGAGAACGGCUACCGUUUGGUGGACACGGCUGCCGUCUAUGGCAAUGAGGCAGCCAUAGGGGAUGCACUACGUGAGCUCCUGCCACGCUAUGGCCUCAGCCGCAAGGAUAUCUUCCUGACCAGCAAGCUGAGUCCAAGAGACCAUGGAGAGGGACCCGCCGAAGCAGCCUGCCUCCGUAGCUUGCGGGAACUGGGCUGCGAUUACCUGGACCUCUAUCUCAUCCAUUGGCCAGGCACGCAAGGCCGCCCUCAGGAAGAUAAAGGUAACAGAGAACAUCGACAACUGAGCUGGAGAGCUCUGGAGAGACUCCAUGAAGCCGGGAAGCUACGGGCAAUCGGGGUCUCCAAUUAUACCGUCAAGCACCUCCAGGAGCUGCUCGUGAGUUGCCUCGUGCCCCCAGCUGUUCUUCAAGUGGAGUUCCACCCAGAACUGGCCCAGUCAGAGCUGCUGGAUUUCUGUCGCCAGAAGGGUAUCCAUCUACAGGCUUAUUCUUCACUGGGAACAGGUCCGCUGGUGAGGCAGCCAGAGGUAGUGAAGGUCGCCGAACGGCAAGGGCGCACCCCUGCUCAGGUCUUGCUACGCUGGGCUGUGCAGCAGGGCGUGAGCGUCAUCCCCAAAUCAGCAUCCCCAACCCGUGUGGCUGAGAACAGCCAGCUCUGGAAUUGGGACUUGGCCCAAACUGAGAUGGAAGAAUUGAGAGCGCUGGAUUGUGGGAAACGCUAUUGUUGGGAUCCCAGUGGUGUGGCCUAGGAGAUCGGG